AGGUCAUAAACUCUCCUCUCUAGCUGGAGGGUACUGUGGAACCCUGGCAGUUGGCACCAGAAUCAAUGUCAGACGAAACGUUUGAACGCCAACAGCUCCAACGGUUCGGGAACUUCCAACGGUUCUGAAAACAGGAGGGGCCAACUUUGGAGAAGCAGAUAAAAACCAUGGAUGCUGAGGAAAGUUCCCUCCCUGUCAGCAUAAACCCUAAUAACUUCCCUGCCAAGCUGUGGCGCUUGGUGAACAACCCGGCCAACAAAGCCAUCUGCUGGGACAACUUCGGCGAGGUCGUCAUCAUUGAUCAACAUCUCUUCGAGAGACAGAUCCUGUCCCACAACACCGCCACGUUGGACAACGCGGACGCCUUCAAAACGACCAACUUCUCAAGUUUUGUCCGUCAGCUCAACCUGUACGGCUUCAGGAAAGCAGAACCGGCUAUUAAAGACAACCACCACGCCAGUGGGGCGCAUCACCAUUUUCACAACCCAAACUUCAAGCGGGACCGCCCCGAACUUGUUGCUAGUCUGAGGAGACUUACUGUGGACAAUAAGGCGAAGCUGCAAGCUGGCCUGAACAUCAACUGUCGGCGCCCGAGCCGAUGCCAGCGAUUCAGUGGGGGUGAUGAUGGCAGAGAGAAAAAUGUUAAAAGAGGCCGCUCUUCACUUAGCCCCACACAUCAGGAGUCAACUCAUCCUUACUAUCCAAAUAAAGACCAGGCCACAACGGCGCACAAUGGAACCCCUGUCCCACCACAAUACCUGAUAAGGGGCCAUGGUGCCGCUUAUUCUCCUACUGUCUUUGGUGCAGACAAAGGGAUACCAGUAUCCUUAAGCCACCACUACACUGGAGUAGCCUCAAGCUCCAAUGCGGUGCAGAAUUACCAGGGUUUACUGGCCCGUGCGAACCAUGCAAGUCCAAAUUUCACCAGUUUUGAUCCUCCUAAUGCACAAUAUCAGCCUGGCUACUUUUCCCCAGCUUGCCAGUGCUACCAUUCGAACCUUGUGGCAGCACAUAUGACAGGUAGUGGCCUUCAGACUUAUUCUCCCCACAGUUAUUACCAGCCAAGCUACCCCGUGAAUAUGUUGUGCCGUGGGGACAACAACCAGGACUUACAGAAUAAGGAAAUCCAGGAGGUGAAAAAAUGUGACAUUAACUUGGAGAGAAUUUUCCAGAUAGCAGAUGAGGUGAUGCAAACUCCGUCCAAUAGCUUCCUGGUUAGGGUUACAACCCCAGAGAAGCCUGGCCCCGUGUCAGUGCCGUCCUCCAACACCUGUAACGCCAUGUUGUAUGACAACCCUGCCAGCACCGUGAAAGCAAACCCUUUGUGUGGACCCAUUAUAAUGGCUGUGUCAGACAAUGCUAAUCUAGUCACAUGCGAACAGCAGGAGGAAUAUGUGGUGUCAGUAUCUGAGCAAAUGCCUGAAGAUGCCAUAUUUGAGGUUACCAGUGAUGAUGCAAAGGACACUGAGGUCAUAGGUGUGGAGGUUAGCGACACUCUCAGGGAUACCAGUCAGGCUUACAACAGCAGCUGCACAGGAAGUACACCUAAUGUUUAGAUGUCAUCUUGUUGAUUUUAUUGGCAUGUGACAGGGAGUUCUCACUAUAGCACCAGACUUCAUGCUCCACUUUAACGAUUCUUUGUUGUGAAAAACUUUGUUGGUUUGUUCUAAUUUAAUUUUCAAAUGGCAAAAGUAGUUAAAUGUUGUACAUUCUUGUGCAUUCUCAUAGUGGUUGCUUUCCUUAUUGUUAGUGACUAAAAACUAAUAUAUAUUAAUUUAAGUAACAGAUAUAUUACUUGUACCACAGUACAUUUUUAAAAAUUGUAAUUUUUAACCAAUUUGUGAUGUUUUUAAGAACUGUAAUUUAAAGUAUGCUUUAUACAGAUUUGCAAGUGUAAGUCUGUACUCAGCCUCUCCCCAUUUUAAUGUGCACAUUUUUUGACAAGUUGUAAAAAACUACUCAAUUGGGGGAGAAAAUGUUAUAUUAUUGUAUAAAAAUAUGAUUAUUUAAUCUAAUAGUGAUUGAUUGCUUUGUGAUGGUGACCAAGUGGUGAUUGCAUUUCCCCACCUUUUUAUUUUUCACUGCAUCCCUUCAAAUGUGCAGUGUUUUUUAAAACGUGUAACUGACAUGUUUUUAAAUGCGCAUGUGUAGAAGCAUUAUCAUUAAAAUUAAAUAUAUUUUCGACAAUGCA